CGGGGCCUCCUGACACAGUAGGUGCUGUGGGCGGUUGUGAGGUCUCUGAACCAGGGCGCGGAGUCAGUCCUCUGGACUAGACAGAACCGCCCAAGAGGAAUGUUUGUGACGAUAAAAGGUCAGAGUCUAGGCCGCCAGGAUGCCGGGGCCCAGGCCGCGGAAGGGCCCUCAGGCCCGUGGUCAGGGUGUGGCGGCGGCCAAGCAGCUGGGGCUCUUUGUGGAGUUCAGCCCUGAGGACAUGCUGCUGGGGGUGGAGGAGACUGAAGAUGAUGAGGACUUGGAGGCUGAGCUGCUGGCCCUCACUGGGGAAGCAGGGACCACAGGCAGGAAGCCAGUCCCCAAAGGGAAGGCCCCCUUACCUAUGGCCCACAUCGAGAAGUUGGCAGCGGACUGUAUGCGGGAUGUGGAGGAGGAGGAGGAGGAAGAAGGGCUGGAGGACGAUACAGACCUGCUGACUGAGCUGCAAGAGGUCCUGGGUGCAGAUGGGGAAGCUGGGUCCCUGCAUGGCAAUGAGACAGCCAUCAUGGGUAGCUCUGAGGAUGAGAAGGGACAGGAAAUCGUUGAGCCUCCAGUGCAGACACCUCUCCCAACAGCCUCAGUCCCAGCAGCGCAGGCUGGAGGGCCUCAGGGGCUGCAGGCUCUGCUGGAAGAUCGGAUCCGCAAUUACCGGGAGGCUGCGGCCAGCGCCAAGGAGGCAGGUGAAGCAGCCAAAACCAGGCGCUGUGAGCGUGGCCUAAAGACCCUAGAGGCCCAGCUGGCUGCUGUGAGGAAAGGCAGGAAGAUCAGUGAGGAGGAGAUCCCACCUCCAGUGGCCUUGGGCAAGAAAUCCCCGGCCUCUCAGGAAACAACCAACAGGAGCCCUGAUGCAGACCCUCCCGGCCCCCCCACCAUGUUGCCAGACAGCCCUUCCCAGCCUGAGACGAGCUUGGGCAGCCCUGGCAUAUCUGCCCCACCCGGUUCAGACCCAGACCCACGGGCCCUGUUGUUGGCCCGACAAAGAGAGUACAAAGUGGCUGCCCUGAGUGCCAAGCGGGCUGGAGACCUAGACCGCGCCCGAAAGUUCAUGAGGAUUGGGAAGAGAUUUGGUGCCGUCCUGGAGGCCCUGGAGAAGGGGCAGCCUGUGGACCUGAGUGCCAUGCCCCCAGCGCCUGAGGACCUGAAGCCCCUCCCACAGGCUUCCCAGGCACCCACAGUCAUACCCCCAGCAGUGGAGCGAGUGCAGCCAGUGAUGGCCUCUGACACCCCAGCAACCCCAGUGGCCCCUGCUGAGCCACAGACGGUGCUGGACGCCCUGCAGCAGAGGCUGAACAAGUACCGUGAGGCAGGCAUCCAGGCCCGGGCCAGUGGGGAUGAGCGCAAGGCCCGGAUGCACGAGCGCAUUGCCAAGCAAUAUCAAGAUGCCAUGCGAGCACACCGAGCAGGACGCAAAGUUGAUUUUGCUGAGUUGCCUGUUCCUCCAGGAUUCCCCCCCAUCCCUGGUCUGGAGCCCAUCGCAGGCACUGAGGCGGAUGCAGUAGCAGCUGCUUUAGCAGCUGCCCAGAAACUGGCCUCCUCCGAGGAAACAGCCCCCGCAGAGGAAGAUGGGGAUGAGGAUGAGGAUGAGCCUCCAACCCAGGCCCCAGUAUCUAAGAAGCCUCUGGUAUCUUCCUCCCGGCCCCUGCCUGAGCCCAAGGCCUCGAGUUCUAAGGAGUCACUGAGUCCCUCUGUGCGGGAGCAGUUGGCACUGCUAGAGGCCCGCAAACUGCAGUACCAGCGGGCAGCCCUGCAGGCCAAGCGUGGCCAGGACCUGGAACAGGCCAAAGCUCACCUGCGGACGGCCAAAUGCCUCGAGGCUCAGAUCAUCCAGGUCCGAGCCGGCAGACCUGUGGACCUCGCCAAGGUGCCUUCACCCUUGACGGAUGAGGAGGGUGACUUUAUCCUCAUUCACCAUGAGGACCUGCGCCUCUCCCAGAAGGCCGAGGAAGUGUACGCUCAGCUACAAAAAAUGCUUCUGGAGCAGCAUGAGAAGUGUCUGCUGUUCUCCAAGCAGUUCAUGCACCAGGGCAAUGUGGCCGAGACUACCCGGUUUGAGACGCUUGCUCAGGACCGCAAGAAGCAGCUUGAGAUCCUGCAGCUGGCCCAGGCUCGGGGCCUCGACCCUCCUAGCCACCACUUUGAGUUGAAGACAUUCCAGACUGUGAGGAUCUUCUCGGAACUCAACAGCACAGAAAUGCAUCUGAUCAUUGUCCGGGGAAUGAACCUCCCAGCUCCUCCAGGGGUGACCCCUGAUGACUUGGAUGCUUUUGUGCGGUUUGAGUUCCACUACCCUAACUCGGACCAGGCUCAAAAAAGCAAAACAGCUGUGGUGAAGAACACAAACUCUCCAGAAUUUGAUCAGCUCUUCAAAUUAAACAUCAACCGAAACCACCGGGGCUUCAGAAGGGUGAUCCAAAGCAAAGGAAUCAAGUUUGAAAUCCUCCACAAAGGAUCCUUCUUCAGAAGUGACAAGCUGGUCGGCACAGCCCACCUGAAACUGGAGCGGCUGGAGAACGAGUGUGAGAUCAGAGAGAUUUUGGAGGUCCUGGAUGGAAGGAAGCCCACUGGGGGCAAGCUGGAGGUGAAGGUGAGGCUGCGGGAGCCUCUGAGUGGCCAGGACAUACAGAUGGUCACCGAGAACUGGCUGGUCUUGGAGCCUAGGGGCCUGUGAGAUAAGAGACUGUUUUGAUGGUUCUGGACAAAGGAAAUUGAAAAUCUUCUGGAAAGAAUUCACCAUUCCAGGUGCCAUUAAGAACAUUUGUGAUUCAUGGAAACACUCAGAAUAUCAACAUUAACAUGAGUUUGGAAAAAGUUGGUUCCAACCCUCAUGCAUGACUUUGAGGAAUUUAGUGGGGGAAAUAACUGCAGAUGUGGUGGAAACAGCAAGAGACCUGGCAUUAGAAGCGGUGCCUAAAGGCGUGACUGAACUGUUGCAAUUUCAUGAUAAAACUUUAAUGGAUGAGGAGUUGCUACUUAUGCAAAGAAAGUAAUCUAUCCCUGGUGUGAAAACUUGAAAGGCAACAAAGGAUUUGGAGUAUUUCAUAAACUUAGUUGAUGAAGCAGUGACAGGGUCUGACAGGGCAGACUCCAAUUCUGAAAGUAGUUCUGUGGAUAAAACGCUAUCAAAGAGCAUCACACGUCACAGAGAAAUCGUUCGUGAAAGGAAGUCAAUCAUCAGCUCCAUUAUUAUCUUAUUUUAAGAAGCUGCCACAGCCCACCAAUCUUCAGCAGCCCCUCCCUGAACAGUCAGUAGCCAUCAGCACUGAGUCAAGACCCUCCCCCAGCAAAAAGAUUAUGAUUUACUGAAAGCUAGAAUUUUUUUUAUCAAUAAAGUAUUUUUUAAAUAUAUUUUUUAUUGAUUUCAGAGGAAGGGAGAGAGAGAAACAUCAAUGAUGAGAGAGAACCACUGAUAGGCUGCCUCCUGCACACUACUGGGGAUCAAGCCUGCAACCCGGGCAUGUGCCCUUGACUGGAAUCAAACCCGAGACCUUUCAGUCCUCAGGCUGACACUCUAUCCACUGAGCAAAACCAGCCAGGGCAAUGAAGUACUUUUUAAGCAAGGUGUGCACAUUGAUUUUAGACAUAUUACUACUGAACACUUAAUGAAAGGGCGAGUCGUCGCGGGGCCUGACCACGCUGCUGGUGGCCUCGGGCACCGACUCCCCAGCCCACGGCGGGAGCCCGGCGCAGGCUGCCACCCGCCCGCCACCCCCGGAAUGGACCCACGCGGCAGCAGCGGCAGGGCGGGUGCCCUCUCCCGAGGAGAUAGUGGAGGCAGCGAUUGCCGGCGCCCCUGGGAACGAGACGGAGGACGUGGACUUCCUGCCUGGGCUGGAACUGGUCGAUCUGCUGGACCCCCAGCAACCGGACUGGCCCCUGGAGCCCGGGCUCAGCUCGCCCUGGGGGGCGGCUAGGACUGCGCCCUCCAUCUUGCCCUGGGUCCUCCAUUUUUGGGGCAGCCGCCAUGUGCUCAGGAGAGUGCCUUCUUCCCGGAAGCCCAGGCCCCUGCUGGCCACGCCCAGGAUUUCUUUAAACUAACCAAUGACAAUCAGGGGACGUGCGCGCCAUAGAGAUGACCACAUCCUGUGUACCAAGACCCGACUUGGGCCUGGCCACUCGGCGGGGCCCACAGUCCCCUCCCCUGCCGUUACUAUAAAACCCACAAUCCCAUCAGGCCUCGCUCUCUCGGCCACUGGGCUACCGUUGCAUCGGUGAGUGUGGUCGGGGAGCCGAACUAGUUCGAGAUGAAGGACUCUUCGCUUUUGCAUCGGACUGACGGGCUCCCUGGGGGUCCUGGGAACCUUGAAAUCUGGGCACAACAUAAACAGACUACAGUACAGUGUAAAUGUAACUUCUAUAUGCACUGGGAAACCCAAAAGUUCAUGUGACUCACUUUACUGCAGUAUUCACUUACUGCUGUGGUCUGGAGUGGAACCCACAAUAUAUCUGAGGUAUAUCUUGUAGAGAGAUUAGAUGCUAGGCCAUGGGAAAGAGGCAAUGGGAUGAGGGACUGGGGGAGAGUGGGGCACAUGUGCUAAGAAUGGAUUAUUGCUGCCUGGCUGGGAUGGCUCAGUGGUUGAGUGUCUACCUAUGAACCAGGAGGUCACAGUUCUAUUCCCAGUCAAGGCACAUGCCCGGGUUGUGAGCUCUAUCCCCAGUGGGGGGGCAUGCAGGAGGCAGCCAAUCAAUGAUUCUCUUUCAUCACUGAUGUUUGUAUCUCUCCCUCUCCGAAAUCAAUACAAAAUUUUUUUAAAGUGGAUUAUUGCUACUAACAGCACCAAAAAAUCUGAGUAAGAAAGGGAGAGAAGCUUGACUAUAGGAGACGUGAGCUGACAGGGAAUGAGGAAAUAGCUCAAGUCCCAUCUACUAACAAACAUGGAAAUGUUCGCAGUAAGAAAACCGUAAGGAGUGGGAGCUGCAGAGGCCAGUCAGCAGAGGCCUGCUGUGGUCAACAGGACAAAGGACAGCUGGGCCCUGCUCUCUAAGGGCAGAAUGACUCCUGAAGGGUGGGACUGAGGAGUCUCAAUGGGCAGCAUCGAUAUCAUUCACACAGGGGUGGCGGGUCUUCACAACACCCUUCUCCUAACCCUAAAAAGAAAACCAAGUCCUUGGAACACUUUCAGGUGAGGAAGCCAAAGUGCAAAUGAUUCAGGGUCUGAUCAAACAGCACAGCAAGGUGUAGUUUUAAUAGAGGGAAGGCCUGCCCUAACCGGUUUGGCUCGGUGGAUAGAGUGUCGACCUGCGGACUGAAGGGUCCCGGGUUCGAUUCCAGUCAAGGGCAUGUACCUUGCUUGCAGGCACAUCCCCAGUGGGGGGUGUGCAGGAGGCAGCUGAUUGAUGUUUCUAACUAUCCCUCUCCCUUCCUCUCUGUAAAAAAAAAAUAAAAUAUGUUUUAAAAAAAACAGAGGGAAAGCCAAAGUGCUAUAUCUGGUCAGACCCAGGGUCCAAAGAAAGGCCGAGUUGAUGCAGGGAAACUCACAUGUUGGAAAACAGAAACUGACCAACUUCCAAGGCCAGCUUCAGAGGCUGCCUCAGAAUCUCUUACCUGAUCUGAGUCCAGUGUCACACGAAGUCCCAGCUUAGUCAUUCCAUCUUCCUUCAGGAGCUUCAGGUGGGGACAGAGAGCAAGGCAAAAAGCCUUGGCUAUGUGCUCGGUCAGCCGGCUAUGAUCUGCUGGAUCACUCAGGCAACUGUGCUGGUCAUCAUUUUCUAGGAAAAACACCUGUUGCCCGAACAUAAGAGACUUAACCUUGUGCCCAGGAGAUUGGGAAGAAACAAGUGUAUCAGCUCACUGUGCAUGAGCACCCUGACCCACAGAGAUGUGCAAAAAGACCUGACAGGGUACCUCAAAGUCCCUGGGACAAAAGGGGGACACUAACAUCUUACAUCCAAGAAACAAUCUCAGUCUCUGCAUCUACAAAAUGGUAGCAGCAACCUGCCUAUUUCCCUGGAAGCCAUAGUCAGGGUCAUCCUGGUACAAUCUACUCAAAAAAGGCUUACAUUUUGCAUUGUGCAUGUCUAAAAGGUAAUUCCUGUAUGUGGACGAUUUUCUUAGGAACUGAUCUUAGAAUCUAAGAGAAUGGCUCCUAUAGCUUAGGUGACCCAAACCCUUCAUGUUACAGAUUACUUAUAGAAGGGAGGUGAUUCACCCAAGUGUACAUAAGGAUUUAGAGACAGAGACGGGGUAAACCCAGAAUCCAGGUCUUCUGUCUCUUAUCACAGAGCUUUCCCCAACAUAUAGCUCCGCCUUUGCUGAGGUCAGAGCUAUGCCAGUGUGCACACACUGGGAAUAGGGAGAACAUAGCAAAUUUGGAACUGAGAGACCUGAGUCCUAGUCGCAUAGAGGAAGGUGAUGAACAAGUCCUUUGGCUUCUGAAUGCCCAAUCUGGAUUUAUAAAAUGGAAAGCACCUGUCUUCUCUAGUUACUAUAAAAAAUGAUAUAUAAGCAAAAUAUGCUUAUCUAUACCAACCCUGAGCUUAGUGCUCAAUAAGCAGCUUAUACUAAGAAUACUAACAAGGAGUCAGCUCUGAAGCCCCGUGACGCAUGCACAGGUGAGAGUGCCAGCAUGGAAUGAGGGAAACGCUCUGGAGUCGGAGUCAGGAGGCCCUGGCCUCUACUCAGUAACUAGCAUCAGGAAGGUCAGUCUCACAGCCUUUCAGAGCCUUUCUCAUUAUGCAAAUUUAUGGGUCGCCACCGUGCCUCACUGGGUUACUUACUAGGGAGCAAAAAGGAGGGAAUGGAGGUCAAACUAUUUUAUAAGCAAUAGAGUUUUUUAUGUUCCAGUGUCUGAACUGCUCAAAAUAUGUCAAAGGAAUAGUCAUAAAGCAAGCGGCUAAGACCACUGAACUGUGUAUGAAAACACUGGGCCUGGUAUGAAGGACCUCACUGGAACAACAGCUCAAGAACUGCAGGACUAGACUCUCUGCUCUCAGGAACCAGCUAUGUGAACUUGGGUAGGGCACUUAACCUCUCCUGCCUCAGUUACCUUGUGUGUAACAUAGAAAAGCUAGAAGUCACAGAACUUUUAAAAAAUUACUUCUAAAGUUGCAAGGAAUCUUAGAAAUCUUUAACUUAACAGUGUAUUUUGUAGAUAAGUAUAAAUAAGAUUCAAAACAAAUUGGGAGACCUAGGACCCACCUGUUUAUUCUCGGAGAAUAAACUUUCUGAUUUGUCUGAGAUGUACACACACACAGGGUCUCUGCCCUGCUCCUCUUGCUCCAGGUUAGCCUCUAAUACAGCUUUCGAGUUAAGGAGCAAUACAGUGGAAAAGAGCUUAGGAGUUAUCCAGAUCAGGGUUUGAAUCAGGACUUUGAUAUUACUUAUUUGCCAUGUAAGCUUGGACAAGCUACUCAGUCUCCAAACUUUAGUUUUCUUUUGUUCUUUUUAAAUUAUAGUUGACACACUAGUUUUCUAUUGAUGAAAUGAGUCAAUUCUUAAAAACCAUGUUAUCUAAAGAUAAUUUAACUGGGAGUGCAGCAUAACUAGCCCAGCUUUCUAAAUCAUACAGCAAAGAUGGUAUGUACCAUUCAGAGAUGUAGCCUUCGUGAAUUCCAGUGCAAACAAAUCCCUAAUACAGUGGUUCUCAACCUUCCUAAUGCCAUGACCCUUUAAUACAGUUCCUCAUGUUGUGGUGACCCCCAAUCAUAAAAUUAUUUUCGUUGCUAAUUCAUAACUGUAAUCUUGCUACUGUAAAUAAUAUGUAAUUAUAUAUGUGUUUUCCAAUGGUCUUAGGCCAGUGGUCAGCAAACUCAUUAGUCAACAGAGCCAAAUAUCAACAGUACAACGAUUGAAAUUUCUUUUGAGAGCCAAAUUUUUUAAACUUACUAUAUAGGUAGGUACAUUGUUAUUAAUUUAAUUAGGGUACUCCUAAGCUGGCCUUUGCUAAAAUAAUAAUAAAGCCACCAACACAAAAUAAUUACAAUUCUUAAACUGAUGACAAAAAUACCUGUAGUAUUUGCAGCUGGUUGGAAAAAUACAGGUAACUUUAUGCUUCGAGUAGGUACUUUUGCCACCCGCGCGGGAUGUGCAGACGCGACUAGCACUAACCACUGCACAUGAGACUGCUGACUGACGGGCUCACUCAACUCGUGCGUGAAUCGCGUGCGCCUCCCCAGCGCUGCAUAUCCCGAGGCCGCCUGAGCCACGUCUUCUGUCGCCUGACCAACCGACACCCCCCACUUCUUCUAAUGCCACUUCUUCAAAACAGACUCACCCAGGCCGAAAACCAACUUCUGCGCAUGCGCCACGAAGUUUCAAUCGCACUGUACGUGCACACCCACACGUGGUAUUUUGUGAAAAAGCCACACUCAAGGGGCCAAAGAGCCGCGUGUGGCUCACGAGCCACGGUUUGCCGACCACUGUCUUAGGCGACCCCUGUGAAAGGGUCGUUAGACUCCCAAAGGGGUCGCGACCCACAAGUUGAGAACCGCUGCCCUAACAGCUGUGCACGGGCAGCAGCAGACAUCAGUGCUGCGGCCUGCACUUGGUGGCAUUUCUUGCCGGUGAGCUCAGACAGACCAGAGGGAACUGCAGUAUAGUAGACAGACAGACUUUUUUAUUAUCCUCCAGAAUCAGACCAGAAUGUGUCUGUGGACCUAUUAAAAGUUGUGCUCAACGCGGGUCAAGAAUGUCAAGUUUUAUCUCCUUACCUCUGUCCAUCUGAUGACUUUUCCAUUUGCCUUAUACUCUGAUCCAUGGAAUAUCUUCACACUUGUUAUAGACUCCAUUAACUUCCCAUCUAUAGGACUUAUGACACUGAAAUAGAGGCAAAGAAGAGAGAUGGAAGCAGCUCUGAAGUCAGAAGAGCCACUUCUCUUAUCAAAUCUUGCAACAAAUUAUAUUGGGCACCUUGCCAAACACAUCUGAUCAACAUAUCACAGCAAGAAGCCACUACACAAACAUGUAUGAACAGAGUGCUCAUGCAAAGGCUCACUAAAAUAAUUCAAAGAACACACAUACAAAGUAGGACUCAUGAUUCCAGGAGCUGGUUAUUUUAAUAUGAAGAACUGUUUACUCAAACCUGCUCUCUCCUUGCAGCAUUCCUUCCUUCAGUGAAUGCACAGCCGCCCUGUCCCUCAAUCUUGCUCUCCCCUCAGCUCUGUCACAGUGCUCUGCUCCUGACUAUAAUGACACCCAUCAUGUUAUACUCACCACACAUUUUGUGUAUCCGUCUUACAAAUGAACUUCUGAAAGGGAGGGAUAUGAUAUACUUACCUUUGUGUGCUAUAUUCUCAGUUUGGACACAUUACUUGGAACAUAGGAGUUUAAUAAAUGUUUUUUGAUUAAAAGAAUUA